AUGUACCGUCGCUGCUGCCGUGGGGCGCUGCGGCGCCCACUCAACGCCGGCCACGUUGUCUGCGGCCUGGCGCGCUGCACCACGCAGGGCGGCCCACCCGCAUCCCCCGACGCCGCAAACACCGUCCGCCGCUCCCGCCGCGCCGUUCUUCGUGUCGUGCCGGCCGAUGAGGACGUGGCGGAGAUGCUCGCGGCGGCCACCGCCUGCGCCGAAGGUGAGCGCGCGGAGGCCGCCAUGGCGGCGGCCCGGUUUUGCAACGCUGGCGACGUCGGUGGAGGCGCACGCGCAGACGAUUUCGCAGCUGGCGAGGAGGCGGAGGAGGACGACGACAUCGACAUCGACAUCGACAUCGACGAGGUGGCGCAGCGGCCGCCCACCCGCCGCGGCACCGCCGAAGCGCGGACGAGGGAACCCGCGGCGGAGGCGGAGGAAGUGCUGCAGGAGUCGCCGGCGACGGCGUUCGCGCCUCCCGUCGAUGCCCUGCUGCAGGCGGAGGGCGGUGCCGCAGACCCCGCCGCGGCGCACCCCAUCGUUCAGCGGCAGGCCGUUGCCCGCUCGCUGGACCCGGCGGUGUUGGUGGAGAUGCUCGUGCUGUACCUCCGCGCGACGGAAAACCCCCGACUCGUCUCCGCCGACGAGGAGCACGUCUUGUUUCCGGUUGUCAUGGAGCGGCUGAGCGAGCUGCACCUGCGGCAGAUGCUCGACAUCGUGGAGUGCCACUGGGCCCGCUCGACGCUCGUCCGGUACGGCACUGCAUUUAAGGACAUGGUGCGCGACCGCAUCGCCCAGCUCGCAUCUGCCGCCGGCAAAGAGGCCGCGCGGCGGCCGAGGCGGGCAUCGCGCGCAGAAAAUGGCCCCCACGCCGAGGACGACGUCGACAACACCGGGGGCCUCGACGACGACGACGACGACGCUGGGGAGGUCUACGCGCACGAGGUCAAAAACCCCGCACUGGACCCCAUCCUCCUUCAGGCGCGUGACGAGAUGAACCCGGAAGGUGUGCUGCGCUGCAUCAUCGUCAUGGGCAUGAGUGCGGGCCGACGAAAGCGAGAUCUGCAGUUCUUUCAGGCACUGGGCAUAUUCCUCGUGCACCACGUCAAUCACUACAAGGACCCAUUGGAGUUGGUGCGUGUGCUGACGGCGUUUGCGCGCGCCAAGAUUGUCCCACCGAAGGGGUUCCUCGCGCUGCUUGGGCGGCGAUUCGCCGUGCUUAAUAAGCGGAAGCCGCUGGGCGCCCUUCCCAGCUACCGCGCCUUUGUGAACCUGUACAAGAUGGGGCACGACCAGAUGAACAGCUUUAGAUUUCUGGCAAACUGCAUUUACGACACCAUCGACGCCAACGUCAAGUCCGAGAAGAAGCGCCAGCGGUUGGUGGAGCUGCGGCGCACGCGUGACGCGGCCGACGCGGCGGCGCAGGCGGAAACUACGGAGGGCGGCGGUGAGGACGGCUCCGCGACGGUCGGUGACCUUGACCCCCAGCUGCUGCAGGUGAUAAAGGCGAGGGAGCGAUUCAAGCGUUUGACGGAACUGAAGCCAUCGAUGUUUACCAAACUCCUUCUCGUGCUCGCCCGCUUUGGUGCCCCGCACCAGCAGUACCUCCGCCCCACGACAGUGCCGCUGAUUCUUCCCACCCUGCACUGCUUUCCCCCGCCCAGCUUCUCCCGCCUCCUGCGGUCCCUGCACCUCUUUAGGACAACCGACCUGGAGCUGAUUGAGCCCAUCAUUGACCACCUCGCCGACACCCUCGGUGCCACGGCUGUCCUGCCUGAGGAUGUGCUGGAGGUGGUUCGCAUCGUCUCCCCCGCGGAGGUGCCAGUCCCGCGCAAUCUCUCAAAGCUGCUGCUGCUGUGCGAGGCGGUGUACGCGGGUGCGGAGGUGGCGCCACCGCGGCUCAUCCUUCCGAGCGACAUGUGCUCGGUGGCCGCCGCGCUUCUGAAGAUACAAAUGAAAGAGGAGGUUCCGCUGGACGCCCUGGACCCGCUGACGCGCCUCAUGGAGGUCUUUGCGGGCCGCUUCAGUGCCCUCAUGAAGCUGCACGUCGUCUCCCUCACACACGUUGACAUCUUUGCGGACCUGUGCAAGCAGCAGCGCCACCCGGACGUCUCUGGACGAAUUGCUAAGCUCGUCGAGGAGCGGCGCCGCGUGAGCGCCGCGGAGGGGGAUGACGAGUACUACAGUCGCCUCGACAUUGACGUGCGGGAGACGUUUCACAAAAUCAUGCUGGUGAACGAUUUCAAGACGUACGGGCAAUACCGGCCGACCCCCGGAGUGCUUCAGGUGGACUUCCGGCAGGCCCUGACUGAGGUGGGCGCGUUUGACGUGCUGGAGGCCACGCACCUCUUUGCCCAGGCCUUCCCCAACACGCUGCAGCCGACGGUCGUGCGGCACCUCAGUCGCAGCAUCCUUGCGAAGCUCGGCGGCGGCGGCGAGGAGGUCAUCACUGCGGACAACACAAUGGUGCUGCGCCCCCCGCGCGAGCUGCUGCUCACGAAGGAGGACCUCGCCAAGUUUGUGGCGUUGGUGCAGGCAACCCCUCUAAGCCGUGUGCGGGAGUCGCCGGUGGUGUGGCGCUUUAUUGCCGAAAAGGCGCGGCGGCUGCGGAUGAGUGAGGUGCUCAGGACCGCCGAGCUGCAGUCCGCCGCCGCCGCGACGGCAUAG